CUGACAUCCCUCGGCGUGAUGGUUUGAAUCAGAUACAGAAAAGCUGAGUAGACGUUGCUUUGUUUGUUUGCCCUCUUCUUGAGGAUCGACGCCAAAUUGUCCCAAUUAAUUGACUUGACGCUCUUCUUUAAAGGGCUACCUGCCAAGGUCUACCUCCAUACUCCAUCAGCCUUGGCCCUAAUCUCCAUUGCAGUGAGGGCUUGUGGAGGAAUCUCCAUUACAAGUUUAGUGUGUAAAUCUGGGGCCCUGCGUCUAGCGGAGGCCCAUCGCUCAAGCCUGGACACUGCCUUGCUGUUGCUGCUGCUGCCCUCAGCUCUGCUGGCCAAAAAUGAUGUGGCAGUGCCACAUCUCGGCCUCCGAGUGCCGCUGCUACAGACUAAAUGGUUUUUCACUGCUCAAACGUCAUCCUUUGUCGGCAGAUGCAGCUGGGAGCCGCGUGCUGGAGCAGUCGGUGGGGGAGUGGCUGGAACACGUGGGCUUUCCUCAGUAUGAGAGCAAACUGGUGCUCAAUGGCUUCGAUGACCUGCGCUACAUGGGGAGUAACGUGAUGGAAGAUGGGAACCUUCAGGAAAUUGGCAUCACCGACCCAGGCCACAGAAAGAAAAUCCUUCAUGCAGCAAAAAGCCUCCCAAAGGUGAAAGCUCUGGGGUGUGACGGCAGCACAUCUCUGUCCUCAUGGCUGGAAACUCUGGGUCUUGGAGAGUAUCUGCACAACUUCCUGUCUAGCGGCUACCGCACCCUGGACUGCGUGAAGAACCUGUGGGAGCUUGAAAUUGUUAAUGUGUUGAAAAUUGGCCUUCUUGGUCACAGAAAAAGAAUCAUAGCCUCAAUAGCAGAGCGACCGUAUGAGGAAGCACCUUCAAAAUCCAACCGCUUUUCCCAACUCAAGAUUCAGGACCUGUUAUCUCAAAAUACGUCACCGCUCAGUUAUAUGGACCCGUACACCAGUCGCUCCAUGGAUAUGUUGCUUCCGUUGGGAGAAUCAGGCAGAAAGAGCCGAGCGUUGGAUCAGGAUGGCAGUAUCUCCCUUCGCUCCUUCGGGGAAAGAUCACGCUCACAUGACCGUCAUGCAGAUCGACAUUCGCGUCUAAGUAUUCGCCCUUCCAGCCACUCUACCACAUAUACCACAGUCUCCACCUGGCACCAUCACCCUGAGAAACUUAUCACCGAGUCCUGCGUUUAUGAGGCCAAAUAUUUAGGGUCUGUGAUCAUCCGAGACCUACGAGGAAUUGAAUCUACACAGGAGGCCUGCGCUAGAAUAAGGAAAUCAAAGGAUCACCGGAAAGGUCCCGUCAUAAUACUGAAUAUCACCUACAAAGGAGUCAAGUUUGUUGACGCAGCCACCAAGGCGAUGGUUGCAGAGCAUGAGAUCCAGAACAUCUCUUGCGCAGCCCAGGAUCCGGAUGACCUUUGCACAUUUGCAUACAUCACAAAAGAUCUGAAGUCUGGUUAUCACUUCUGCCAUGUCUUCACUACAGUAGAAGUGACACAGACCUAUGAGAUCAUCCUUACGCUGGGACAGGCGUUUGAGGUGGCGUAUCAGAUGGCUCUCCAGGCACAGAAGGCCCGUCGUCACAGUUCAUAUGCUGGUCCAGCCUCCGAAAACAUAGAACCCAAGACCAAAAGGCCCACCUCGCAGUCCCACAAUAGCACGCGCCGCUCCACCGGUGCACCUGUGCUUGAAUGCCGCUGCUGUUACUGUCACACGUGCUCCGUCCACCGCCCCUCCUACCUCCCGCUGCCCUCUAUCAGCCCUGGAGUUCAGAUCGACCCUCUGGAGCCGGAAAUGGACCUGCAGUCCCUGGGCAGCACCAGUUGGCUCUUCGAUCCGCGGGAAUCCUCCAGGCCUUCGAGUUGCACCAAGUAUGAGACCACCAUAUUUUGAAGCAGGGCACGGCCCUUGACCAAUCCCGCCUGCUGCCCCAUUUCAACCUCACGCCCCAUAAACUCGAGUGCCCCGUGCCUUCUCACUGUGAUUUGUAGCCUUCCUCAGGGCAAGACUACUUCCCACUCCAGUCCCGACCCCGACCCUUGCCUGCAUUGCCCUCUCGGAGAGCCGUACGCCUGCACCUUCCUUUUUUGUCGUCUUGACUGAUGAGCGCUUUCUGGAAUCCCUGGAUUUGCCGUAUAACCAGCCUCCUCAAACUCUUCCGUCAUGGUCCGAAAUCACAUCUUGAAAGCUUCCCUAUUUUAUACAUUAUGCUGAAUGUUUACGGUUCGGUCCCUCGUGUCAGAGGGUUCUCUAUCACAAAACCUCCAAACUUGACACUUGUAGCAUUUCUACAUCUCCUCAUCCGGACGGACAUGUUGGCGAAACUUUAUUAGAAAUUAGUAGAUCCAUGAGCUCUCUGACUGCAACAGCAAUACUAGAACUGUUUUUCAAGUUUACGUACAUUCACGAUCAUGAAUGCAACAUAACGCAGUUUCCCAUCAGCGCUCCUCGAACCCCGUAGCACUAGAUCACUUUUUUCCCCCCGUAGUUGGACCCCUGUUCCCCCCCCUGCAGUUCUUUAGUUUUUCAAGAGUUGGGUCUGUAAUCUCGAUUCACACCCAGUGCUUCCUUUUGUCUUACCAGGCAUCUGCAGCUCUGAGGCCCUCGGAAGAAAGACUAUGCCUGUUUAGAGCGUUUAGAGUUUGGGAUUUGAAAUGCAAUACAGUUUUACUGGGAAGAGUAGAAAACAGCCCCAAGAAAGUGGAAUAACCAAGACAACAUUCCUAUUCUGUUUCCUUGUUGGAAUUUAAUUGACUUUUUAUCUAAUAAGGGAAUCC